AUGAGUGCCGACGAGAAGAUGCGGACGUCCGGCGAGGGCGUUCGCGAGGCCGGCUCCGGCUCCAGCUCGUCUGCCCCCGUCCUGCCGACUGUCAACCCCGAAGCCGAGAAGGCGCAGGCUCCCAAACCCACGAUCCCUGCCGCCGCCUACGUAAUUGCCUGGAUCAGCUUGAGCUCGUCUGUCAUCAUCUUCAACAAGUGGAUUCUCAGCACUCUCAACUUCCGCUUCCCGGUCAUCCUCACCACCUACCACCUGCUCUUUGCGACGGUCAUGACACAGCUUCUCGCCCGCUACACCAACCUGAUUGAUGGCCGCAAGUCGGUCAAGAUGACCGGCCGCGUCUACCUGCGCGCGAUUGUCCCCAUUGGCGUCUUCUUCAGCCUGAGCUUGAUCUGCGGCAACCUGACGUACCUCUACCUUAGCGUCGCGUUCAUCCAGAUGCUCAAGGCGACCACCCCCGUCGCCGUGCUUCUGGCCAGCUGGGCCAUGGGUGUCUCGCAGCCCAACCUCAAGGUGUUCCUCAACGUCAUGGUCAUCGUCUUCGGCGUCGUCCUGGCGUCCAUCGGCGAGAUCCGCUUUGUCAUGACCGGCUUCCUCUACCAGCUCGGAGGUAUUGUCUUCGAGGCGAUGCGCCUGACCAUGGUCCAGCGUCUGCUGAGCUCCGCCGAUUUCAAGAUGGACCCGCUCGUCUCGCUGUACUACUUCGCGCCCGUCUGCGCCUUCAUGAACCUCGUCGUGGCCCUGAUGUGGGAAGUCCCCAAGGUCACCAUGGCGGACUUUAACAACGUCGGCUACGGCUUGUUCUUCCUCAACGGCCUGUGCGCGUUCCUGCUGAACGUCUCGGUUGUCUUCCUGAUUGGCAAGACCUCCGUCCUGGUCCUCACCCUGUGUGGUGUCCUCAAGGACAUCCUGCUGGUCGCCGCCUCCAUGCUGAUCUGGGGCACGCCCGUCACGGGCCUGCAGUUCUUCGGCUACGGCAUUGCCUUGUGCGGCAUGGUGUACUUCAAGCUCGGCUACGACACCCUCAAGAACUACGCCGCCGAGGGCGGCCGCAAGUGGGCUGAGUUUGGCGCCUCGCGCCCGGCCCUGCGCAAGAUCAUCAUUGGCGGCACCGUCCUGGCAGCUGUCUUCUUGGUCUUCACGUGGGCCAGCCCGAGCAGCAUCCCGGUCACCCUACCCGUCCGUUUAUGA